UUUCCUGUGAAAGAAAAAAAAACCCUUGUGUGUCUUAUUAAACACACAGUUCAUGUGAUACUGAAUGGAGCCUUAAUGUACAUGUAUACUUUUCGCAUUACUUCACGCACUGGAUGCUUCUUUUCUGAACAAGAUUCAAACAUCUGGAUUUUAUAUAGCCCGACUGCUGUUGGUAAAGUUUUCAUUUUCUCGCGAUGUCCCGUGUCUCGGACCCGUUACCGAAAGCACGCCAGGAAAAAAUGAAAGACAUUAAUGUAAAGAACAAAGAGAAAGAGCGGAAGGCGCGGGAGAAAGAGACGAAGGAGCGCGAGUCGCGUUACAGCAACGGUCACCUGUUUACUUCCCUCAGCGUUUCUGCCACCACGCUCUGCUCGGCAUGCAACAAGAGCAUCACUGCAAAAGAAGCUCUCAGCUGCCCCACUUGUAAUGUGACCAUUCACAACCGCUGUCGUGACACACUGGCUAACUGCGCCAAAAUGAAACAGAAGCAACAAAGGCUGGCUCUGGUCAGGAACGCCGCAACUUUACAUAAUGUGGCCCUCCGCAGCAAAAAUCCAAUAUUGAAGGAGAGGCCGAGUUCAGCCAUUUACCCAUCAGAGACACUGAGACAGUCUUUCCUCGGUUCCCGCAAAGGACGCUCCACAUUGUCGCUCAACAAGAGUGUCUCCACAAAUAACAUUGCAGGAAGCCUGAAUGAUGAUUCUCCAGUCGGACUGAGGCGGAUUCUGUCUCACUCCACAGACUCUCUGAACUUCAGGAACAGAGCCAUGUCCAUGGAAUCCCUUAACGAUGAAGGAGAAAUGUAUUAUACAUCAAUGCUGGAGGAGCUGGAGAAGGACGGGAAGGAUUUCGAAGCAGAUUCCUGGAGUUUGGCUGUGGACUCUUCUUAUCUGCAGUCACAACGCAAAGACGUCAUCAAGAGACAAGACGUCAUAUAUGAGCUGAUUCAGACGGAGCUGAACCACGUGCGAACACUGCGGAUCAUGGAGGGGGUGUUUCGCAGAGGGAUGCUGGAAGAGGUGAUGAUGGAGAUGGGUGUAGUUCACGCCAUCUUUCCCUGCUUAGAUCAGCUGCUGUCAAUUCACUCCAAUUUCCUGAGCCAACUACUGCAGAGAAGAAACAGCAGCCUGGCACCCAGCAGCAGCCGUAACUUCACCAUUCAAAAGCUGGGAGACAUACUGGUGGAACAGUUCUCAGGUCAGAAUGCAGAAGAGAUGAGGAAAUGCUAUGUUGAAUUCUGCAGUCGACACCUGAAAGCUGUGAAACUUUAUAAAGAGCUGCUGGCCCGUGAUAAGAGGUUCCAGCAGUUCAUACGGCGGGUAAGCAGAGGUUCUUUACUGCGUCGCCAUGGUGUCCAAGAGUGCAUCUUACUCGUCACUCAACGCAUCACUAAAUACCCUGUACUCAUGAAGCGCAUACUAGACAACACUAAAGGUAAUGAAGAAGAGAGUAAAUCUAUGGCUGACUCUCUGACGUCGAUCCGGGAGCUGCUGUGUUCUGUGGACCAGCAGGUUCAAGAGUUAGAGCGGGCGCAGCGUUUGCAGGAGAUUCAAUCUCGUCUGGACCCGCGAGCUGAGACGAAAGUUAAGGGUGGAGGAGUGUUCGGUGGAGGAGAGCUGCUGCGCCGUAGACUCAUUCACGAAGGAGCUCUGCUCUGGAAGACCGCUCAAGGCUCCAGACUCAAAGAUGUGCACGUUUUAUUGAUGACUGACAUCCUGGUGUUCAUGCAGGAAAAAGACCAGAAGUAUAUCUUUCCCUGUCUGGACAAACCGGCAGUACUGUGCCUUCAGAAUUUGAUUGUGAGAGAUAUAGCCAAUCAGGAGCGAGGAAUGUUCCUCAUCAGUCACUCCACACCUCCAGAGAUGUACGAGCUCCACGCCGCCUCCAAAGACGACAGAAACACUUGGAUGAAAAUCAUUCAGCAGACAGUGAGCAACUGUCCAUCGAGAGAGGAUUUCCCUCUGAUCGAAACCGAGGACAAAGCUUUGCUACGACGGCUCAGAGGUUUCUAUCAAAAAUCUGUCGCCUUAGCUUUGCUCAGUUUUUUUUUUUUUACAUUUUUGUUUGGUUUCUUGCUCUCUCUCUCUCUAGCUGAUAUCCAGCAGAAGGAUCGUGAAGUUUUGGAGCUGUUACAGGAGCGCGUGACGUUGUUUUCUGAUUUGGCCGAGGCCACCGGAGGUCAGAAUGUUAACGUUCCCUCAAACUCUAGAAAUAUAUUCAGAGCAGAUACGCCCUACGCUCCCCAGGCGGAAAAGCUACUGAAUGACGCCAUUGUUGAGGUGGACAGGCUAAGUGAAGUGCUGUUGGGUUCCUGCAUUGAGCGUCCACAGUCCGGCAGAUUGAACGGUGAAUCGACAGAGGUACAAUUCACCUCUAAAACAAAAGGAAAAAUAUCAGUUAACGGAACCCAUGAAAUAAACAGACCGCCUAACAAGGACAGGAAUGGGAACCAGCUGCAGGACAAGAUGUUGAACGAGGAGGUUUGCCAAAGACUUGUGAACCUGAGCACUCAGCUUCACGCACUGCAGGCUGCAGUGAUCAAGCAGGACUCAAUCCUGGAGGUGUACAUGCAGAAGGACUUGUGUCCCACUACAGCAGUAGUGCUGGAGGCAGGCGGUCCUGAGGGCGGUCGAGGAGAUCUGGCAGAGCUACAGCGCAAAUACAACCAGCUGCAAGGAGAAGUAAUCCGACUACGAGCUGCCCAGGACAAAACGGGAGAUAGAGCACCAAUUCAGCCCGAAAAACAAAACCAGGAGAUGCGGCUUAAAGACACAGCGGACACACGCGACGCAUUGAUCUCACAGGAAACAGCGGUUCAGGUGGACGGCAUGCAGCAGGACGGCAAGAUGGCGUUAUUUCCUCGAGCUGACAGUCCGAGAGAUCUGCAGGAUAUUCCAGAGGAGAGCGAGUGCGGGAACGAAACUCACAGUUAACGCCGUCUCAACGGGGAAAAGCCCAUCGUGACCUCCUCCAAAACUCCAGAAGCUCACCUCAGCAGUCAGCUUUGACUCGAGGCCUGUUCACGCCACGCCAAAUACGGGGAAAAAAAAACCAGGUGCGGUUCAUUGAAUUAAAACGAACUGCCGUUAACGCAGCCGACAUUUACAUGCUGGCAAUGUGACAGAUAUUUAUUUUUUUGAUGGGGAAUGUAAUUCUCUUUUCUAUCGAACUGCGCAUAAAGCUGGCGGUGCUCAAGAGCAGAUUUUUUUAAGCGAAUAUCAGAGGAAGAAGUCUGAAUCUCUGUAUUGUUCUCAUUUGGUGUUGCUUGACAAACACCACAGCGAGGGCUGUUUGAAAAUAUGUAAAUACGGUUUUUAAUUUCUUUGCUGUUAAAAAACGGGUGUCUCAGACGGCACGACAACUGGAGUAACCAGGGUAAUUCUGCGUUUUCUAUAAGCGCCUACUUCUCUCAGAGAGCUUUUAGCAUUUUUCGUUCGGCCCCUGCCUUUUUUUUACGCAUCGGUUUGAACAGGCAAAAUGCAAAAACUUUACCGAAUUUGCGUUGGUGCGAACAGGCCUUCGCUCUGUACAAUAACGGCAUUGCGUUUUAUAUUAACCGUAGUAUAGAACAAUUAUGUCUUUUAUCGAGAUUUUCAGUGUUUUUGCAAACAUUGUCUAUGUUCCAAAGUUGUUAUUUAAACGGUCAAUGGUGUAUUUUUUUUAAUCAAAGUACUAAAUACCGAGUUGGAACCGAAGGAAAGAUAUUCUGUGCUCGUGCUGACUUCCAGUUUUAAUAUAUCGAUUGUCCAUUUUAGCUGUAUUGUCCAUUGUUAUAUUACGGGAGGGUCGCGUCGUCGGACGCGAUUUUCUUCUGCUGAAUAUAAGUUAUAUUACGGUAAAGAUGAAAUGUAGCACAUCGAAUGCCCUGCUGAUUUGCAGCAGCUUAAAAAAAAGACUUUGAAUGCAGUUAUAACUACAGUUCGCCUCCUAUAAAUGAUAAGAAAUGUAUCGACAUUUGAGGUUUUUUCUUGUUCUUAUGAAAUGUUAUUGAUAAUGGAAUGAAGUGGGAAAGAAAGAUUGUAGAUUCUUUUCUGGCCACUCGAAAUCACACUAAAGCUUUGUUUAAUGUCACACUGUUGAUAUCGCCUAUGUAUAAAUGUUUGAAUGUUCGAGGAAGAACAGCGUCCUUUAAACAUAGCUGUUAAAUCAUUCUUUAUAUAUUGUAUUUUUUAUUGAUUUUUCAUUGUACCGUGUGUUUAAAUAUAUGGCUGUAAUCAUGUAUUUCGUCACCUAUAUAAAUGCAUUGAUAACUGA